CGGCAUGUCUUUCCAUUAGGGGGAGCAAGAGAGCCAGCUGAUGAUGUCACGGUCAUUAGCAUAUUUCUGACUAUAAGUAAGGCUUGCGCAGAGAUCCUCCAGUACUACUGCGGCGCACGGAGUAGAGACUGUCCAGCCUUCAGCCUGUACCUCGACCUUAAUCCGCAACCAUGAGUGACAAGCCCGACGUCUCUGAGGUGGAAAAGUUUGACAAGAGCAAACUGAAGAAGACAGAGACCCAGGAGAAGAAUCCUCUGCCAACGAAAGAAAUCAUCGAACAGGAGAAGGCAGACACUAAGUCGUGAAGACCCUCCCUCCUCGUCAUGCACUGUACACCCCACCACCACCCCCUUAUUCUCCUCCCGCAUUGCAAUGUUUCUCAGUCACAUUUUUUUUAGCUGUAUAACUAUGUAACCUGAAAUUACGAAAACGACAAAUGUAACCGAGCUGCUACACCGUCCCCUGCUGGACGGACAGUGAACUUCGUCCAUCAGUGGAGUCCUCAAAACCCUUUCCCGCCAUCACUGCGCCGACACUUGGGGAGAUGCAGAGAAAUUGUCUUCAGAGAGACGGAGGAGAAGGGAUUUGAAGGUGUAAACGUCUUCGUUACCAACAUGGACGUGCAGCGGAGAGGCCCACGGGAAGACGCGACACCGUGUCUUUGGAAACAUCCAAUUUCCUGUGCGGCUGCAUUUUGCACCAAAGCCGAGUUGUCGAGCUUUUUUUUGUUCUUGUUGAUUUUCGUAUUCUAAUUUUUCGGAAAUGCACAACUUUGUUUAUACGCUGGCCAAAAUAUAAAGCCCCCUACAAUAAUUGACACUGUUUCUUUUUUUUAAUUUUGUACGUACACAAAGUGAACAAAACAAUGUAACCAGUACCAUCCUAACCUUGAGAUGCACAAAGGGAGCUUAUUUACGGUUGAACUGUUUCGUUUGUCUCUUAAUUAUUAAAAAAGAGGGGAAAAAACCAGAAGGAAAAACAUCAGUGAUUCAGUCAGUGUGUUGGACUUCAACCGUAGAUCAAGAUUCUUCUGUAAAAGUCCCAGUUGUCAUGUUACUCUGCCACAAACCAUUGCCAGAAAUGGUCAAAAAUGUCAGAUGUUGUAAUAAAAAAGAAUUUGUUACAAAAAAGAA